GUUCAUUCGGGACAGCAACCUCAUCAUCAUCGAUCAUCGACAUCUCACUUGAAUGCGUCCACUACCAUUGGUUCCAUCCGCUUUCAUUACUCCAGAGUAAAAGUAAGUCCUGGUAUUGCUGCGCACAAUCGCAAAAGCAUUCUUCUCAUACUAGUAUCCGGAAGCAGCUGUUGAGCCGAGGAUACAAGGCUGAGAAAUUCGGUCCCCUUUCUUUCAAGUCAGUCUGGUCAUCUUCUUGUUCAGCGUAGAGUAAAGUAAAGUCACAAUGCCCAUUGGAAGCAAUGGUCAGUACCAACCUGUACAGCGAGGACCGCCUCCAGAGUCGCCCAAUCCUCCCAGAAGCUCCACCAACAGUCCGGUUCCUCCUCCGGCGUCCGCUCUUCAACGUCCCAAGACCGUCACACACGAGCAUCGCAAUGUCUCGUGGCAGUCCGAUCUGAGCCCCAUGCACUCUCCCGUGCCUACUCCAACUCGUCGUCAUGACCCGUCGCCUUCGAUCGAUCUGCAUGACAUGUUGGCCAGUGGACCUCAUGAACUAGAAGCAGAGACUCACAUCUUGAGAGCUGUCGAGAAAAUCGUCGGGCAAGCACAUCAGAAAACCAACACGGAAACAUUCGAUUUGUUCGGGACUAUUGCACAUGACGAAAUCACACAGAGCAUGGUCGAAAAUGACAAGGAGGAGAAACAAAAGGAGAAACAGAUCAAUACGGAUGACAUGAACGAGACCAGCACAUCGGCUGGAGGCACCAUGACUCCCAAAUUCCAGGGAUUGAUCCAGCACACUACGGAAGUCCAAGUGGCCGCCGCCAAAGGAGACGGAACGGUGGAGCAGACUCUAUUUGGUCUCACCAAUGCCCUCUAUGAUCUAGGAGAUCAUCACAGCUCCGAGAAGAAAAAACAAGACAUUAUGGUCUCGGAAGACUUUCAGCAUUCUCUCAAUGCCGUGGAUAAGCUUGCGAUUACAAUUGAUGAACACGUUGCCAACGCGGACGACAACAACAACAACGCCCGCGAAUACAGUGAAUCGGGUACGGAAUACAGCGUUGGGAGUUCAGGAGCACAAGAAAACUCCACAGCAGCCGGUGCCAAGAAAAAGAAGAAAAGGAAACGGCGAAAUCGCUUCUUUAGGCGACGCAGAGUCAAGCAAAUUGUUUCCGGCGCCAAGGGUGGAAUCCAAGAAGAUUAUGAACUCUUUCAGGAAUUCGUCGGUGGAAAACGCCAGUCCGCUCUAUCCUAUGCCAGACAGGUCGUCCUUUUCAUUGUGUUGCCCUCCAUGUUGAUGGCAGUGUUGCUCUUCUACUUUGUCGAAAACCCAGAAAAAGACGAAUAUGGCAACGUCGUGCCGGGACAACCUGCGACUGCUUCUUGGUGGUUCCUCUUUCUCGGUGUCAGAUUGGUCAUUACGCUCACCAUGGCCUUGAUUACGCAGGCAUUGGUGAUUGACUUUUUGGCACUGGGAUCUAGAUUCUCUCUCCAAUGGAUGGGCCCCAUCUUCACUCUACUCGUUGUCCAAAGCAAAGGUUGGCCAUUCAUUUCCACCUUCUGGGGAGCUUACAACUUUAUAUUGCUCUCUGGUGGAAAACGUUACGCCAGGCAUUGGCUUUACCAGCAAGAUAAAAUUGGUCUUUUUAACGAGGAUAAUCCAGGAAAUGGUGUUCUGGACGGCACUAUUUACCAGAGUUUGUUGCGAUUGAUGCUCUUUGCGGGAAUCCUCGCCGCCAUCAAGCGCCUCGUCGUCGGGCUCAUGCUGGGUCGGCAAACCUUUGCACAUUAUGGACAAGAAUUGGCAGUCGUGAUGAAGAAUAUGGUUCUCGUGGGCGAAGUAGCCACGCUAGCCCGAGAAAUUGAAAAAGACAAAGACGACUUUGUCCGGGACAGGAGUGAUGCAAACAAACACGCCAGGUCUCUCACCGAUGAAUGGGAUCCUAACGAAAUUGCUGACUUCGUCAACAAAGAAGCCGAAGCUGCCUUGGAAGCCGAAGAAGAAGCAGCAAGAAACAGCGCCCUUUCUCCUAGCGCAACCGAAGCCGCUACCACGUUCAUGGCAAAACAUAAGAAGGGGGUGGAUGGAUCAACUACCUCCCUGUUGGCCCCAACUGCUCCGGGUGACCUGGAGGAUAAUGAAGCCAAUGCUGCCGACCAAGAUUUUACUGCCUCAGAGCAGUAUGAAAUUGAAGCGUUGCUGGAUGCCUGGGAAGAACCCAAGCGAGCGGAGGAGUCAGAGGAACGAAAAAUCACACUCGGAGCAAUUAUGCAGUUCCGGCAGGCUUUGUCGUUCAUGAAGCGCAAGUAUCCUUUUCUGCCAGCCUUUGGACCGGCUGACACAAGGGAUCGUUGUAUCGAGUCGAGCCAGGCAGUGUACCAACGCUUGCUUCUACGCACCCCCCACUUGGAUGAGAUUCCCUUUGAAACGCUUGCUCUCCUUGCAAAGGACGAAAGCGGUGGGAUCAACCAAGACAAAGCCAAGGAGCUCAUCAAGAUUUUUCGCCCCGAAAGAGAUGGAACUUUGGGCAAGCUUGAGUUUGUCAAGAGCAUUGAUGCUAUCUACAAGCAGCUCAGGCUCCUUAGUGCGAACAUUGCCAAUAGCAGCCAGAUUGACAAGGCGAUUGAAUCCCUUAUCAACUUUGUGUUCUAUGGUUUUCUUGCGUGUAUGUUGCUUGCAGACUUGGGGGGUUCCCCAAGGGCAGUCUACCUUUCAUUUUCAAGUGCCAUUCUAGGUUUUUCAUUCAUGUUUGGUGCAACAAGUGCCAAAUACUUCGAGGGACUCCUGUUUAUCCUUGUCCAAAGACCUUACGGCGUCGGAGAUAGGAUCCAUCUCUCUAAUCCACAGAAUGAGACGAGUCCAGAUGGCUCUUCCGGCUGGAUUGUGGAGAAAGUCACCCUUACGACAACGACUGUCUAUUGGGGUACAACUAAUGAACGCGCCACAUUGAACAACGGUGCAAUCUCCAACCUGCGUGUCAUCAACGCAGCCAGGUCUCCUAAUGCAACUAUUUACGUGGAAUUGAAAUUUGGAAUUGACACUCCCUACGAAAAGAUUGCAAUCUUUAGGGCUGCGGUUGAGCAGUUCUUGAAAGACCGCCCAAGAGAAUGGUUGACCUUUAUUGGUUUCAGGCCUACAGAGGUCGCUGUUGAUAGAGGAUUCCUUGGGUACAAGAUCAUUGCUCAGCAUCGGAAUCAUUGGCAAGGCGUAGGUGCCAUUUUGUUAUCCAAAGCAGACUUGACCACCUAUUGCCUGGAGGUUGCCAGAAUUUUGGAUAUUCGUUAUCUGUCUCCACCACUGCCGGUGGACCUGACCAUGAAUGGAAAUGCUGCAAAUGCUUUGAAGGCGUUGCAGCCAGUCGGUUUGGACCAGGCAAAGCUUUCUGCGGCCUUGGAGGCCAACAGCCCCAAGAAACGAGGAAUGCGGGGCCAGCAUGAAGCCUUCGGGGCCGAUUAGAAGAGGAGCGGAAGAACAAUUGGACGAGGAUGCAGUGUUACGAUAUAUUAGACAUUGGUGGAGUCCGACCUGGCUAGUCCAGCUAGCACAAGAUAGAUAUUAUUUAGGAGUUGAGUUCAAGAGCCUCACAUCAAUAUAUUCAUUUCCAACCCAAAGAAUGAUUCAAUCCUUGUGUCCUUGGAGCUCUCCUGGUAUGAGUUGGUACUAGCUAGCUAGCCCGACCCUGCACCUCAAGGUAAAAAACCUGCAAAAUCUAAAACCCAAAUCGGAUUCUUUAAAAUUGAAAGAAUCAUUGGAUUUCCUGUGGACUGAACCCAAGCAUAGCCUCAUUCCAAGCAAGGUCGUCUGAUCCAUCUUAUGCAUCAGACAGCGUCUGAUCAGACACUGUCUUAUCAGAUGCUAUCUGAUCAGACGAUGUCUGAUCAGACGGCGUCUGAAGCAGGAUGACCGGCCCGUACAAUGGGGAUGAGCAAACCUGCCCAUGGCGCUAUAUUGCAUUAGUUAGAGCUAGCUAGAAAUACAUUGAAAUAGAUAGGGCAAUUGCAGA